GGGUUAACAAAUUUUGUAUAAAAUUAAAAAAAAAAUACAGUACGAGAGGGCGCCAUUUUGAGGCGGCCAUUUUGUGUUAGUGUAGUGAACUUGUGUGACAAAAUGGCGACAACGGGCAGUGAGAUGUGGCUGCAGUGGUUCGCGUGCUGCUACCAGCCGGCCGCGCAGGCGCAGCGCACGCGACGAAGAAUAGACCGCUCUAUGAUCGGAGCACCUACGAACUUCCAACAUACAGGACACAUAGGGUCUACGGAUGUGGACAUGCCAUCAUCAUUGCUGCACACGAUACAGAACCAGAUGCAGAGCAAAGGCGGCUAUGAAAUGGCUUAUGGAGUUAAGGUGUACUAGCGCGGCUGUUUCCUUGGACUUUAGUGAAUGCAGAGUUUAUAGUAACCAAUCAACGUGUGUUAUGAUCUUAUACACUAUUA